AUGCUAAGUGAAACUGCUGCAAAAGAAGAAACCAUAGCUGCCAAAAAUGCAGAAAGUCAAGAUGCGUCUCGUAUAUCUCAUCUGUCAAGGUCUUCAUUACUACAUCACUCUGACUAUGCUGUUUCAAGUAGUUCUAAUAUCAACUUUGCUAGUAGUAAUUCCACUAUUGAAGCAUUGUUUGAUAAUAAAAACAGUCUUAGAAGAUGUCCAUUGUACCACCAAGAUUCUAUAAUGUUUUAUUACGAGGUGAAAAUUCCACCGAAAUAUCGUAGAAGCUUAGGUUCAUUUAAAGCUACUUUUUCUGUAACUUCCAACAACGAACUGUCUGACACCCUUGGCUGCUAUAGUGUGCUUGUUACCCCAGUUAGAUUCAAACAAAUGAAAAGAGCAAUUGAGAUAACCGCAUUGACGUUGUUGGUAUUUGCAACUGCAUUUAACGGGAUCACUAUAACAUUUUCAUAUGCCCAAGAAUCAGCCAAUCCUUUCCUUCACCUUGCGUCAAGUAUGUGUAACAAAGAAUUGCUCUCUCAUUUGGAUGCUACGGCAUCACUGGCCAUUCAGUACUUUCAAUAUGCUUACUUUUUAGGCUGUUUGGGACUCAGUUAUCCUGGCUUCUAUCAACAGUUGAUGCUGCAGUUCAGAGGAGCUUGUCUUGUAUGGGUGCCUAUUUUCGGAGAUAAUGCCUUUGAUGACAAUUAUCAUAGUCAAGACCAUGUCUACCUAUCUUUCGAUAAAGGCGGGCUCAAUGUAUUGAAGUAUUACAGCUCCUUGGGAUCAUUUCGAUAUUUCUGGAUAAACUUCAUUAUCCUAUAUUGCAGCGUCUGUUUGGGCAUCGUAUCCUUUCAGCAAAUCAUGCUAUUCAUUGUGAAGAGGGCACGGAUGUUUGAUGCCAGAAGAAGAGAAAUCACCACACCCAACUUCAGAUUGAUAUCAAAAAAUAACGUCUAUUUCAUAGUGGGUCAAGUGUUGAACAUUGUAUAUAAUACGUUUGCAUUCCCCCUAUUGGUUGUGACAUUGUUUGUAAUAUACAACUCUGCAUCCUUCUCUGGCGACUCCUAUGCUCGGUAUAAUCUUAAUGGUAACCAGAAAGCUGCUUUCAACCCUUAUGUUCCUUAUGCUGCGUUACGGGUUCCCUGGCAAUGCUACGAAUACGGAACGGGCAUCUUUAAUGCCAUGACUUCAUUAAAUAAGGGAAAAGUUGAAGCGUAUGCUCUGUUUCCCAAAGUUAACAUUACCCUCGGUUCUAUAGUCCUUGCUCUCUGGCUAAUGGGCUUACUCUGGGGUUAUUUGAGCAUUAAAGUUAAGUUUAGGAGAUGGUCAGUUCGAAUCUUGGAUUCUCCCUCCAAACUCUUCACUAGCAUCAAAACUAUCUUGUUGUGGGGGUUUGCUUACUACAAUUUGAAGCCAUCUAAGGUCUACUUUGUGGGUAUUGAUCUUAUUAAACUAUUCUCGGAGCUGAUCAUCAUUGGGCUCCUCCAAGACAAUGGGUUGGCUCAAGUGAGUUGUAUUAUCGUAAUUGAAGUGGUUUAUUUCUUGCUUAUCUUACUUUGCAGGCCGUAUUGUGUCCCCAUGGCACUUGGAACCAUGAGAUUGUGGCUUCCCAUUGCCCGAAUAUUAGAUAUCUUCCUUUGCAUACCGUUUAUUACGAUUGUUAAUAGUUCUGAACCAGUUAAGGCCAAUUUCGCCUACCUUCAAUUGUUCUUGCACUGUUUUGUUGCUGUCUACUUCAUGUUCCGCUUGUCUUCUUCCAUGUGGAUCGCCAUCAAGCCGUUUUUGGAGAGGAAAUUCCAUUCAAAGGCUCCCGGUCCAAGUAAACCGACCCUGGAUGAGUACGAAGAGGAGUAUGAGUUCCAUCCAGUGGUCAGAUCCAAUAGCAUAAAGCAAAAGAAGGCUCCUCCGAGCGUUCACUCAAAGCAUGUGCUCCAGGUGCCGACUAAACUCUCACCAAUCAAUUCAGAGGAUGAGGGUGAGCAAACGGAAGAAGAUAAUGAUAACGUCGCUGAAGAUGAUUACUACUAUCGACAAAACGGUGCCAACUACUUGAAGAAAUUACUGCUAACGUCGCUUGACUCCGAAAAGCAGCCCACUAAUGGCGACGAAGCGGUUGGAAGCAUUCUCACGGAGCUAAGCACCAACAUAAGUGUCUACGAUCUUGAAGAAGAACAAUCCAGGCACCGACUUCGAACAAACAACUACUCCUUCAGAGAGAGCGACCUCAUCUACAACACAUACAUCAACGAUGAAAACGUUGACUUGGAGAUUAGACAAUUAUGGAACACAAGAAUGUGCAGACUAUCAGACAAGGAGCUGAAGCUGCACCGGAAAAAUACCAGCGUUGAUCCUAGCCAGACCCAUGGCCCAAAGAGCAAUCCGUCCUUCGAAGUGUGCCGACCUAAACCGCUUAUCGUCAAGUCUACUAGGACGUGA